GAGAGAUUAGCUAGGGGAGGGUUGAGUGAAAGCUACAGCAUGAUGCAGCAGUUUUGUAAAGAGGUUUCACUUUUGGUAAAUAAAUUUCUGCUGAAGUUUUAGUACCUUGCUUGCAUGAUACAACACCACUGCAGCCAAGGGCAGCUGGUGUCAGAAGUCCAUUCCCAUACAGACUGACCAAGGAACAGGGAAACACAAAGGAAGGUUACAAGACUCAACUGGUUUUUAACAAAAAAGAAAUAGUGACUGGCAAAACAGAAGGAAGUGCUCCAUUCAAGAGACUUUAAGGCCUGUUGGUGCAACUUCAGUGGAAGGGCCAAGAUGAGUUCACCCAGUGAUGCCAACAUGGAAGAGAUCUCUCUGGAGGAUGAGAACCGAGACACUGUAGAAUACAAAGUUCUCAUGGCCUAUGCCCAGCGACGACUCUCUGUGAGUAAAUACAGGCAACUUCUGGAAAGGGAGGCGAAGACCCAGAGGGGAUCACCUACAGAGAGAGGAGAAAGGGAAAAGAUCCCUCAAGCAAGUAAAGGUGAGACGCACCAAGAGCUGUCAAUCCAGGGCAAAGAGCCUGUGGUCCAAUGUAAAAAGCGAAGGAAGAAGUUCAUUUGGAAAUGCCUGCUGCUUCCCUCCUGUGCCAGAGGAGAAAGAGAGGAGGGCCCACAGGCCUUAGUCCCAAACCGAGACACGGUGAAUGGGUAUGUCUUAAAGAUGCCACUGGCAAUCCGGACAACAGAUACGUAUUCUCCAAAGGAGGAAGGUGGGGCAGAGGUUUUCCUCCACAUUGCGGACAGACUUGCUGAGAUAGUUAGUUCCCGAUUGCCCCCAGCUCCCGAUCAAGCGCAAUUCAGAGCGCUAGACUGCACUCCCGGCCUAGAAGUAGACAGUGGACAGCUCAAAUUCCCUCCACAGGAGGGAGGUGAAAAAGAUGAAGAAGAGAGGAUAAUAGAAACAAUAGUUGCACUGUUAAGACAAACAGGGGAUAAACUGGAAGAAACGAUAAAACAGGACAAAACUUUCUACUGCUGCAUCACGAAGAUGCUCUCCUAUUCCUUCUUCAAGAAACUCACUGAUCAGUACCUGGAGGAAGUCCCACAAGGUUCCACCAAGGAGACGGAAGACAAAAUACAAUGCACCAAAGCUGCCUUUGCGAUGGAAGUUACGACCAGACUUACCGCCGUGGACAACCACCCAAUGAAUGCGGUUCUGGGGUUUGGAGUGAAGUACCUCAAAGAACAUUUUAGCCCUUGGAUUCAGACCCAUGGUGGAUGGGAAAAAGCCAUGGAAUUGUUGGACCAGGAAGAAGUAGAAUAAACCUUGAGCAGAUUCACUCUCCAGGGCAUUUAAUGGCCUUGGCCAGGCAGACAGGUAGCUUUACAACAGUGCAAUGCCAGAGUGACUUGAAAGAGGAUGACUGAGGAGGAGAGGGCAAGGACACUGAGGUCCUUUAAAGGAAGGAAGUGUGAUUACUCUUCAAACCUUCUGUUAAUGUGAAAAGUAAAUCAACAUGUAGGAAAAUAAGACUAGCUCCUUUUCUCAGGGCAAGUAAAUACCUCACUGGCGCUAGUGGGACACCAUGUGGCUUAUCUGACUUCAGAUGCCUUUUUAAGCACUUUCAUGGACGUAUCUUAAGGUUCAGGUGGAAAAUACCAAUGUGUAUAAUCAAUGCCAAGAAACCCGUGAGUGUAACCGAGCUACAGCUUCAAGACUUGAUUUUUUUUUAUGUGCUCUGAACCCACUUAUGGGGCUGGGUUUUUCCACAGAGGUUAUCAGGUUAAAUGCGGCAUGUGCUUUUCAGCAGCUGGCCUUUACUGCCACCAUUUCCCCACUUACAAUUACCUUGUCUCUUGCUCCUGCCAUAUACAGGAACCUGGAUACAGGCCCAUCCACUCUGUCUCCCACUCCCUGUCCAAUUGGACCCUGUAAAUGAGCAACCCCAUUGAUUGUGGUGGACUCUGUCCUCCUAAGCAUUAAUUUGGUUAGUAGUCCAGAAAAUACUAGUAUUGUGAAGGCCAAGUAAUUCACGGAAUUUAAAUUGACCUUUGAAUAGCAAGGAAAUUUAGCCCGGUAGAUUAGGUAAAAGGUAGAUUAGGAAAACAUCUGAUGAAACAGUUAGUAACCAGAUUUGGAACUUUGACCAGUGAGAAGGAGCAAUAUAACUAUAGUGCCUGACUCCAACUCUUAUAAUGGAGAGAAUAAAUAUACAAGGGAUGUGGCAUUUAGAUGAAGCACAACUGCCAGUGAAACCACUCCCAUUCCUGUUCCUUGAGCUGUAGCCCACAAGGCUGACACUUAACUGGAAAGGGGAGAAAUUUGGAACACUAACUGAAGUUGCAAAAUCCUGGAGUUCCCUGCAUUAUUCUCCAAAUAGUUACACUUUGUUGAAAGACUCUCCCUUUAUAUCUCCUCAUUCUCCAUUC